CAGUCGUCGAGAGCAGAGCCAAGAGAUUACGCAUAUUCAGAUUCCGCAUAGUUCACGUCCGACAAUGUACUGUCCAUCAGGAUCACAUCUCUCAUUGUGAGGCCCAGCAUUGUUCAAAUAGAGUUGAUAACGACACGGGGCGGUGCGAGAGCCAACGACAAUAACCGGUGGCUGGAUUAGUAUCAACUGCAGUAUUCUACCCAGUGUUAACCAGCUGUUUUGUACGUCCGAAUGAUGAAACGAUGUGUGCGAUGCUUGUGAUAAGGUUAUUAGCAAUAAUUUAAAACAGUGUCAUUACACGGAUUAUUCGUGCUGGCCUUUGCUCUUAUCAACGGUGCUUCUCUGCCAGACAACGCGUGGAGUGGAAGAUCAUCGUCAGUGUUUAUUGAUGUUUCAAUUGAAUCGCAAAUUUACGAAAACUUUACAUUUCCCAAGUGACUUAUUGAUGCGAUCAUUUCUGUGAACUUGACGGUGGUUGAUGUGUGUGAGUCUCACAAAAAGAAAUUCAAAAAAGGCAUGAGUCUCGACACGAUGAAUGAGUUGAAGCAGAAGUACAAAAAUUGGAAAUCCUACAUCAAGUUCGUAAAGCUAGUCUCGGACGGUACCAUGGAGGACGAAACGAUAUUCGGCGAGAAACAAUCGAUACGGGACUCGGCCCGUGCAUUGAAGAAGUAUGGCAGUAUCUCUGGCGGGGGUGGCGGUGGCAGUGGGAGUGGUGUCGGCGGAAGUCGAUCGCCGGCGCUCACAACGGAGGCGCUGAUACGGCACGAUGUGGACAGGACGGACACGCUGCAGGGGAUCGCGCUGAAGUAUGGGUGCAGUAUGGAACAGAUCCGUCGCAUCAACCGUCUCCUACCGACGGAUACGAUCUUCCUACGGCCAUUCCUGAUGAUCCCAGUCGACAAAGAUUCCCCUUACUACCCAAAGGACCCGUCGGCCAUCAUUCGGCCCAGCUCGUUGUCGGUUCGAUCAGCGACGAUCGCCGGCUGUCCGUCCGGUUCGUCGGCCUGCUCCACCCCGAUGGACCCGGGUAUCAGCGAGGAAGGCGCCAUCUCCCCCGAGGAGGAAAGUCGCAAAAACAUGGAAGAGUUCCUAGGGAAAAUUGAUUCUUCAAUUGCAACGACAAGGAAGUGCAUCGCCGAGUCCCAGCGGAACAGCGAGUUCAUCUCCAGCCAGAGCGAUGACAACAUUUUCAGUUCCGGUGCUAGCAUGAACAGUAGUGGUUACUAUUCGAAGCCGAGGGCGUACUCGACGGCAUCAUCAUCUUCGUCAAUCUCUUCAUAUCAGCAGUAUCACUUUCACACGGCGUCGGGGGCCGGUGGCGGCAGUGGCGCUAGUUCAUCACAUCACAAAAGACAAAGCUCUUCGGGAAGUGCGGCUUCCGAUACGAGUCAGCUAAUUGUAAUGACCCAGGGCAAGCGGGUGCAGAGUUCCCUCCAGAAGCUGGAAAAGCAACAGGACGAGCUGUUCGAAUUGUAGCAGCAACAACACCAACAUCACAGGACCAGCUCCCUUUCAUCCACGGAGGAGGAAGAGUCGCCAUUGUCAACGGUAGAAAUGAAAGUGCUCGUUGGUUAUCAUCACGCUCAUCGCACCAGCAAUCAUAGCUACUACUACUAUAGGAAUCACCCCUCGUACCGUCAGCUGGCGUCGACGCUCGGAUCCGGGUUCAAGUCACGGAUCUGCAGUUUUUUCGCUCUGCUAAUGCAGAGCAGAGGCACCAACGAGCGGUGGCAAGCGCUCGAGUACCACCGCAACAGCAUUGAAGAAGCGGACGAAGGAGAGCCAUCCGAACGGAAAAGUCCCAAACGGCGGACGAAGAUGGCAAGCGACGAAAACCGGAGCUUUAAAAGUUACUGUAAGCGGCCGAAGAAGGCCAACGGGUAGUAGGAAACGAAUAGCGGUGGUAAGUAGACUCUACUCUUCUUACAUCUACAUGAUCGGGACCGCUUAAGUCAAACAAUUUAGGAACGAACAAUGUAGUAUAUGUUAGGAUCAGAACAAUGAUAUAUAGGAAACAAAAACCUAUUAAGGCACAUCACACUUAUUGAAAAAUCGGAACAAAAAAAUCAAACAUGAUUGAUGAGAUUCGUUUUGUAGAGCAAUAUUUUCCCUUGCCCGAAAAGGAUAGUAUAAUUAUAUUCGAUUUGUUUUUCAUUGAUAUAGUUUGUAAUAUUUAUACGAUAAAUACGAUUCACGCUUAGCGUUUAUUUUUGUUGUAUAUUGAGAGAAGUUACACAUCGCGGCAAGUACUACCGCGUUGUCGAAAUGUGAUGAUUUUUAUUUUUUUCGUGCUUACAUCAGUUAACUUUACUCUGAAUGAAUCAUCACCUCGUUUUCUAUCAAGCUGGCUUAUUCCUAUAGACUAGAUUUUACACUCGAACAUAUUAUACUCGUCAGAACAAAGAAUGUUUAGUAUUAUAUUCACUGGGCUGCCGGUAGCUUCUUGUAUAUCAGCCCCAAUCUGCGAUUUAAUAUAUUUAUGUAAAUAAUGGAACUACUUUUAUUCUUGUGCUAACCGAGCUGUGGAAACGCUACACUAUUUAUGGGAUCUAUCUGAAGGUGAUAUAACAAUCCAAUAGAACUGACAUGUGAGUACCGGCAGCCAAAUCUAUUGUGUAUUGUCCAACGGGGUGCGCUAAGUCUUUAGCAAAACUGUAAACACACAACUAAGAUCUGUUAGAAUCAGAAUGCGUGUUAAAUGAUUCCCUUAUGUAAAACAAAUAGAGCAAAGUAUUAUCAUGGAUGAGAUAAUAAUAAUAAUAAUGCCUUGGUCGUAUACAAAGAAA